AAAAAAUUGACAAAAUAGAUCAAACACUUAAGUUUACUAAAAUUAUUUGUAUCUAGUGUUGAACUAAUACAAGACACAGAUCUGAGGUCAGUCAUACUUUUAAUGUAGCCUAAAAUAAACGACUUAAACCAGCAGUGAAACAUCAUUUAUUGUAUUGUAUGAUACCAACACUAGACAAAUAUGAAGCAGUUUAUUUAGGUCUAAUUAUGGAUUAUUAACAGACUGAAAUAUUGAUUAUUAAUAUGACUUUAAAUAUCGACUGAUCUGGUUAAUUUGUGCUAAUGAACCCAAACAUCCCGUGUCACAUUCUUGUGAUGAUAUAACAGCUGAAUAUUCUUUUGUAUAAUUAAUGUCUUCAUAUUCUAAUGUAUGCUCUGAUAAAAAUCCUGAUCUCCUCAGUGAGGCGGGAUCUGUCACAUCCGGGGAUUCCGACAGUCCGUGAAGGCAUCCCGUAGCUCCUCCCCUUCCGGAAGUGGACCGUGAGCCGUGAACGUCGUCCGUGUGUCCGGUUUCUGGGUCCUGUUGUUUAAUGGAGCUCUUUCUGUCAGGUUUACGUUCUUCAUUAGGUGAAGGAGACCGACACUCUUUUUACGGCAUGUCGUAAAACCUCCGACACAGCGGAGCGAGAGGAAGCGGCGCACGUGUCCCCGGUGAUUAGAGCAAACAUCCACGUGGACCUGUUUACCUGCACGAGCCUUCACCUGUCUGAUGUGUGUCUGUGAACGGAGCAAACUGCUGACAGGGUUUGAUGUCUGACCAGAUCAGUGAGGAGCAGGAGGCGGAGUCUCAGUCCCAUGUGGUGGCUGUCAGUCUGGUUGACUCCACCCCCCUGCUUUGGAGGAUGCAGGACCUCCGAGCAGUGAGGGGGCAGGGCCUGGUGGGGGCGCUGGUGGGCUCGCUGGCCCGGGUGCCCCGACAGAACGGACGAAUGGGACGGCCCCUGCAGCUGCUGCAGGAGGAGCAAAGGCUUCUGGGAGAACAGGGCGCCAUCGCCAUGGCAACAAGGAAACAGGUUGUUGAAGGGGCGGAGCUCUGCCAGGAAGUGCAGCAGCACGAGGAGUUUCAGCAGAGGAGUUAUGAGGAGCAGACGGUUCUGGCUCUGGAGGACAAGAAGUCCAGUCUGCUGAGGGCCAUGACCACGCCCACGCCCCAUACAGAGUCCAAACACGUGGCCCUGCGUGGCCACCUGGAGACCCUGGACCACCACUUCACCUUCCCCCGGUCGGGUCUGGCGGUCCAGCUGAGCACAGCCCGGGCAGGUCUCACCUACUGCCCCGAGGACCGGGUCUACCUGCAGGCCGACCGGUCCCCCAGGGGCCCAGUCAGUCCUCAGAGCGAGGCCAAGUACCAGGUGUUCAGAGACCUCAGGGGGCGGGGCUUCUACCUGACCUCUGCUGGGAAGUUCGGAGGGGACUUCCUGGUCUACCCAGGUGACCCUCUGCGUUUCCACUCCCACUUUAUCGCCAUCUGUCUGUCUCUGGACGAGUCCAUGUGUCUGCUGGACGUCCUGACAGUGGCUCGGCUCGGAUCCAAUGUCAAGAAGACGGUCCUGCUGUGCUCUGCCACGCCUGAAGGGGGCGUGGUCUACACCUCACUACAGUGGAGCGGUAUGGUCUGAGGGUCUGAAGGUCUAAAGGGUCUGAAGGUCUGGGGUUCAUAGGCCCUUCAGGUCUGGGAGUCUAAGGGUCUUCAGGUUUGGGUGUCUCUAGGUCUGGUGGUCUCCAUGUCUGGGGGUCUGAUGGUCUGUUGGUCUCCAGGUUCGGGGUCUGAUGGUCUUUUGGUCUGAUGGUCUGGGGUUCUGAUGGCCUGGUGGUCUCCAGGUCUGGCUCUAAACCAGGACCACAUGGUGACCAACAUUUGAUUCUAAACUUUUUAAAACUGAGUCAGAAAACGUUCAGAUUGUGUUUGAACUGGAGGACGUUGAGCUUUUCUGUAUUUUUAUUUUGAUGAUUUUUUUAAAGUACAUUUUUUAUUUCUCGGUGUAAAAUGCUUGUUGAACAAUAAAAGACAGAUUUGUUC